AUGAAGGUUGGCUUUCUGAUUCAGAUAUUUUAAGUUGUAUUAGAUAUUGCUAUUGAUGGGUUUUUUGUUUCCUAUUAUGCAGUUAUUUACUUAAGGAUUUUGAUACAGGUCUAAGAUAUAUAGAUAUAUAGAUUUUAAAGUGCUGGAAGGAUAAAACCAAUCAAUACACAAUAUUUCUAGUUAAAUUAAGAGUUUUUAAAAAGCAAGCUACAAUAAAUUUAUUUAUUGACAGUAUCAAUAAAAUUUUUUUAUUUUGUUCAAAAUAUUAAUUAGCUAUUGGAAAAAUUCAACAGUCGAUAAGUUACUCUGUUAAAAUACUGUAGUUAUUCCCUUGAAUUUUUUUAAUUGUUCACAAUGGUGUUUUUACACUCUGAAAUAUUGCAACUAAUUAGAUCAAAACUAUCUCAAAUGGUUUGA